AUGAUGAGCCAAGCUAGGACCUAUAACAACAUACACUUCUGUUAUGAAUCCUCAAACAGAUCUUGUCCAAAACAUGAUUAUUCAGCCACAGUACGGGCUCCUCUGUAUGUUUUAUUAGGAGCUGUGAUAUUUCUAAUUGUAUUAGGCAAUCUUCUUGUCAUCAUUAUUAUAACUUAUUUCAAACAGCUCCACACUCCCACCAACUACCUUGUUCUCUCCCUGGCUGUCGCUGACUUUCUCCUGGGGGCAGUCAUCAUGCCACCUAGCAUGGUUCGCUCACUGGAGACCUGCUGGUAUUUGGGUAACAUGUUCUGUAAAAUACAUACUAGUGCAGAUAUCAUGCUUAGCACUUUAUCAGUUUUAAACCUAACAUUAAUUUCUAUUGAUCGAUACAUUGCUGUCUGUCAGCCUCUUCAUUACCAUACAAAGAUCACAAAUGGUGUUACAAUGACCAUGAUCCUGAGCUGCUGGAGUGUUUCUGCUUUUAUUGGCUUUGGGAUGAUAUUUCUGAAGCUCAACAGUUUGGGCACUGAGGAUACUUACAAUUCAAAUUUGCAUUGUGAGGGAAGUUGCAUUCUGGUGCAAAACCGGAUGUCAAUUGUAAUAUUCUCCCUUCUUGUUUUCUUCAUCCCUGCCUUUAUUAUUAUUGUCCUGUACAUGAAAAUCCUCCUUGUUGCAAGGAGACAAGCCUUUUCCAUUCAAAGUAGAGUCUGUGCAAAUAUGAGCUUGGAAAAGAGAGCUACUUUGAACAAGACACAACCGAAAGCCACAAAGACACUGGGAAUUGUGGUUGGUGUUUACUUCAUCUGCUGGGGCCCCUGGUUUUUGUGCACUUUGAUUGAUCCAAUUAUACCCUUCUUUUCUCCACUCCUUACUGAAAUUCUAACAUGGUUUGCCUAUUGCAACUCUGUGACAAAUCCUGUUAUUUAUGCCUUUUCUUUCACAUGGUUCCAGAAGCCAUUCAAAACUCCCAAGUGGCAGUACUAUGGAGCACCAGCAGAGGGCUCCCUCUCCUGA